CCACGCGUCGCGAACGCUUUCCCCCCGCUUCUUUCGUUUAUAACGGACCAGCAGAGCGCAAAUAACGCACUUCUUGAGCGGAAGCUGAACAACAGAGCUCAAGUUAUUUUUUUCUAGGUAACAGAAGCCAUUUUUUAACGCGGGAGAGAAUUCCUCUCCAUACACAUCAGCGAGAACUUUGAAAGGCUUUUACUCGGCUUUUUUUUUUUUUUUUUUUUUUUUUUUUUUUGAGGAAAAUCCCCCCCAAAAACAAGAAAAAAAGGUGGACUUAGUAGAAAUUAGAAGUACAUUUACUUCGCGUCCUCGUCCGUUUUCGGGAAGCUCCGCGCGGCUGCAGUUACGGCUGCCGCUGCUGCCGCCGCUAAAUCUCCACGCGCCACCUGUGCACGAUGACGCGGCGCUCGUGUGCCAUCUACGCCACGGGUAUCGUGUGCGCGCAUCUGCUCAUCGUGGGCAUCGCGCUGCUUGUCGCGCAGGUGUUCCAGACCCUCGUGCAGAACCGCCUCAAAAAGGAGAUAACUUUGACAGAGGGGAGUCGGGUGUUUGACACCUGGAAGAACCCCCCACCUCCAGUCUACAUGCAAUACUUCUUCUUCAAUGUCAGCAAUCCAGAUGAGUUUAUGGCUGGGAAGAAGGCUGUGGUCACUCAGGUUGGACCGUACACCUACAGGGAAUAUAGGCCAAGGGAGAAUGUGACUUUUAUGGAGAACGGGUCAAUGGUCUCCGCGUUCAGUCCAAAGACUUUUGUGUUUCGUCCCGAUCUGUCGGUUGGAGACCCUGAGGUUGACGUUGUGACGACUGUCAACAUACCCGCAGUGGCUGUGAUGAAUAAGGUGAAGGACAGCUUUUGGAUGUCCACUUUGGUUUCUGGCAUGAUGAGGACCACUAAAGCGGGUAUUUUCAUGACGCGCCCUGUUCACGAGAUACUGUGGGGCUUCAAAGACCCACUGCUGAGCAAGAUUCACAAAAUGAAGCCCGAGAUCGAGGAGUACUUUGGCCUCAUGUACAUGAAAAAUGGUAGCUUGGAUGAUCACUUCGUUUUGCACACGGGGGAGAAGGACUACAUGGACUACACCAAAAUAUUUUCGUGGAAUGGUAAAAGCGAGCUGAAAUGGUGGACCUCCAAUCAGAGUAACAUGAUCAACGGCACCGACGGCAGCACGUUCCACCCACUCCUGAAGAGGGAUGAACGGCUUUAUAUCUUCUCCUCAGAUCUCUGCAGGUCCAUCCAUGUGUCAUUUGUGAAGGAUGUGGAAGUUAAAGGAAUCCCUGCAUACCGCUUUGCCCCCCCACGGGAUGUCCUGGCCAGUCCCGAGGAAAAUCCUGCAAACGCUGGGUUCUGUGUGCCUGCUGGGAAUUGUUUGGGCACAGGCGUGAUCAAGGUCAGCGUCUGCCGGAAAGAUGCCCCUGUUGUUAUUUCCUUUCCUCAUUUUUAUUUGGCGGACAAGAAGUAUGCGGAGGGCGUUGAUGGGAUGUCUCCAAACCAAGAAGACCAUCAAACGUAUCUCGACCUUAACCCGAAAACUGGUAUCCCUGUUCGUGCCAGCAAAAGGGCCCAGAUAAAUAUCAUUCUGAACAAAAUCGGUUCCUUUCUCAUUACUAAGAAUUUGAAUGAGACCAUUUUCCCUGUUGUGUUUAUAAAUGAGACGGUGGUCAUUGACAAUGCUUCAGCGGCCAAGUUGAGAAAACUGCUGCUUAUAUCAAUGCUGAUGUCCAACUUCCCUCUCCUGAUCAUAGCCAUAGGAGCCAUUAUGCUUCUGAUCUUUAUUGUCCUCAUGGUCAGGGCCCGAAGAAAGAAGACAACUACGAAAGAUGACACAGCCUAUACACCAGUGAGCUACAAACAAGAAGACCCAUCGGAGAUCAGUCAGUAUGGCAACAUAAAGAACGGCUCAAACAUCACGAUGUCCCAGUUGCCAUCAGAGAAGUCUUGAGCGUGCCGUAGGUCUGGGACUUGGGGUGAGGCGGAGCUUUUGGGAGCAGGGGGGUUAAAGUGGGGUGGGGGGUGGAGAGAGAUUUCCAUUUAAGAGAUUUUUGUUUUUAGGGUGUGGAGGGAGGUGUUGAUUCAACAAAUCAUGACCACAGGACUAUAGGCCUCACAAAUGUUGUACUAUUUGUGAGGUCAUGGAUCCUCUCAGGUUUGUCCGGUUCCUUUCGAUGUGCCUCAAAGAGCUUUAUCCUGUGGCUCAAGAUGUGGAAGAUGGCACAGCAGCAGAUGCAACCUGUACUGUAAACAGGCAUUUCUAGCACAUCAUCAGCGAGCCGUCGGGGCUCUGACAACAUGGACAGUGCACAACUGAUCCCAUCAACCUGUACAAAUGAUUCAGGGAUGGCCUUACGGGUUAGGGCUUAUGUCACAAACUGACAGGUCGUCCACAGAUUUGAUCCAAAUACAGGCUUCCAUGCAUGUGUUGUGGUAUGACAAUCACAAAUAAUUAAAACAUUUAUGUUGAGCAGAGCAAUAAUUGUAAGUGAAAACUGAAUUUUUUCUUCCAGCUGUCUUUGAGUGUCUUGUAACCCGAGUCCUAAAAUGAACACUCUAGUGGCAGUACACUUUGUGCCAAUCCCUGACAAGGAAUGCUCAGUUCGCACGUGCCUUGUUUUUGGGAUGUCUUUGAUUGCUAACAGGACGCAUUCAAAAAAAAAAUUAAAUGAAAAAAUAACUAAUGAAUGUAUCUAUAAAUAAGAGUCAUAGACCAUUUUUGUCAAUGUGAUUACAAAUCUUUGUUAAUAUAGCAAAUACAGUAAAAUAUAGUUAUGGACUAUAGUAUAUAGAGUAUAGAAUAUAGUACACUAGCAUAUAUAUAGAAGAGUUAUUAAUAAUUAUUAAUGACAUAUAUAUGUCAUUACUAAUACCGCAAAUAGGUUUUGUCGUCUUGUUUUUGUAACUGUACAAGGUUAUAAUAUUGCAGUUCUCUUUUGUGUCAGGUUUUUCUGGACUGUAGAAGUGGCCUCUAAUCAAACAUUGUUUAAACUGUCCAUUUUAAAUUGAAGUAAAUACACUAAAGAGAUUCUGUAAUACUGAAAACACUCUCACAAGGAAGAUUACAGAGAGUUGGUGUGCAGUGUGAAUGCUCACUGUGAUUUAUGUGUGAGGGUGUGAAAGGUAUUUUUGACCUUUGAAAACACACACACACACACACACACAUUGUGUGAACCAUUGUCCCAUAUGGGGUC